AGAGGGACUGUGCACAUAUAAUUUCCUCUAUUAUUGAACAGAAGUGUAACUUGCGCAGAUGGAAUAGUCAAGGAGUCAAGAGACUGGAAGUGCCUAAGCACUGUCCUCCUGUUACUUUCCAAAGGAAAGAAGGAUGAAGAAGAAGAUGAUAGCUCCUAGUCUCGAGCCCCCACGCGUAAACGUGCUCCGUCUCGACUCUUAAGCCCCCACGCCUGAUCUGAAGCUCAUCUCUUCCGCUACAUAUACAAUCAGAAGCAAUGGAGGAAGAAGAUGUUUACACGAAGGAUGGAACUGUUGACUACAAAGGCAACCCUGCCAAUAAGAAGAAAACCGGGACAUGGAAGGCCUGCCCCUACAUUCUCGGGAUCGAAUGCCGCGAGAGACUGGCUUACUACGGGAUGAGCUCCAAUCUGGUGCUUUACUUCAAACUUCGACUUCAUCAGCACAAUACUACUGCUUCCAAAAACAGCUCCAACUGGAGCGGGACCUGCUACAUCACUCCUCUGAUUGGAGCCUUCCUAGCCGAUGCUUACUUGGGUCGAUAUUGGACCAUCACUUGCUUCUCCAUGAUCUAUGUCUUUGGAAUGGCUCUGCUAACAUUGUCAGCAUCAGUGCCGGCCAUGAAGCCAACGUGUGAGGCGAAGGACGGUUGCCACCCGACGGAGGCUCAGAGUGCCAUCUGCUUCACUGCACUUUAUCUGAUCGCAAUCGGGACAGGAGGGAUCAAACCCUGUGUAUCAUCCUAUGGAGCUGAUCAGUUUGAUGACGCUGAUGAGGGGGAGAAGAAGCGCAAGAGUUCCUUUUUCAACUGGUUCUACUUCUCCAUCAACAUCGGAGCUCUCAUUGCUGCCUCUGUGCUGGUUUAUGUGCAGGACAAUGUUGGGUUUGGAUUGGGAUUUGGGAUCCCUGCAGUGGCCAUGGCAAUAGCUGUUGUGAGUUUCUUUUCAGGUACGAGGUUGUAUCGGAACCAGAAACCGGGAGGAAGCCCUAUCACCCGCUUGUGUCAGGUGGUGGUUGCUUCGGUGAGGAAGUACCGCAUCAAAGUUCCUGCAGAUAAGUCCCUCUUGUAUGAGACAGCUGAUGCAGAAUCGGCGAUCAAAGGAAGCCGAAAGCUCGAUCACACCAAAGAUCUGAGCUUCUUCGACAAGGCAGCAGUGGAGAUGCAAUCCGAUAACAUUAAUGAGUGCCCCAACCCAUGGAGGCUCUGCACUGUCACUCAGGUGGAGGAAUUAAAGGCAAUAGCACGCUUGCUUCCGGUGUGGGCCACAGGCAUCAUCUUCUCGACAGUGUACAAUCAAGUGACAAACAUGUUUAUCCUGCAAGGCUACACGAUGGAUCGUCAGGUGGGACACACCAGCUUCUAUGUCCCGACUGCCUCCCUCUCCAUCUUUGCCACCCUCAGCGUCAUCCUUUGGGUCCCGAUCUACGACCGAAUCAUCGUUCCACAGGCGAGAAAAUUCACGGGUCACAAGAAUGGCCUCACCCAGCUCCAGAGGAUGGGAAUAGGCCUCGUCAUUUCCAUCUUCUCUAUGCUGGCUGCAGGGAUACUAGAGGUGCUUAGGCUCAACAUGGUGAGAAGGCACGACUAUUACAAGUAUGAAGUUGUUCCCAUGUCCAUAUUCUGGCAGGUCCCGCAAUAUUUCAUCAUAGGGUGUGCAGAAGUUUUCACCUUCAUCGGGCAGCUUGAGUUCUUCUACGAGCAGGCACCAGAUGCAAUGAGGAGUUUCUGCUCGGCUUUUGCUCUGACUACGGUUGCUCUAGGUAGCUAUCUGAGUUCUCUGCUCGUGACGAUCGUUACAAAGAUCAGCACCAGGGGUGGAAAGCUCGGGUGGAUUCCUGAUAAUCUAAAUUACGGGCACCUGUACUUCUUCUUUUGGCUGCUGGCAGUGCUGAGCGGGCUUAAUCUGGGAGCUUUCCUGCUGGUGGCAAGGUGGUACACUUACAAGAGGGCAGUCGGCACACUCCGAUGAACUUCUGCAGAUAUAUUUAGUUUCUGCUGCCCUAGUGGCAAGUGCAAAUUUCGGUUCCUGUUGUUGCACGAAGCUCUUGGAUAAGUAUCGUCUGCUCAAUGUACAUAUUCUGUUUGCAGAUAUCUGGCUCCUACUGAAAGAAAUAUAAAAAGAAGUCACCUCUUUGUAUUCUCUUCA